AUGUCGAGUUCAACGGACGAGCCCAGUAUGGGCACAACUUCAACCAAACUGAUGAACCCCCUGAAGAUGAUGCAGGAAAUGGGGACGCACGUUGCAGGUAUAAUGUGCUCUGAAAAUAUGGUGUAUCGAAAAAAUGCCAGCUCAUCUCUGUCAAAGGCUGUCAACGACAUUAUCGAGAAGGGUCGCACCACGCGUGCCGUCAUCAACCUGUACUUCGGUGGAGAUGCUUCAGUCCUCUGGCAUGACGCCAUAAGAACAGCAUACGACAAAGGUGUGAUCACUGUCGUAGCAGCCGGUAAUUUGAUUGUGAAUGCUUCAUCACAAGGCCCAGGGUACAUGCCCCAGUGCAUCACCGUGGGGGCGACGGAUGCACAUGAUAGACGCGUGGGAGGUUCGGAUUUUGGUGAGGCUAUAGAUGUCUUUGCUCCUGGUCACUUGGUGAGGUCGCCUUUCUGGAGAGGCAACAACGGGUUUAAUACUCGCGUGGAAAUUCUGAGUGGGACCAGUACGAAUGCUGCAUUUGUUUCUAGGCUUGCGCUCUAUCUGCAGGCUCUUGAAAGUUUGAAGACGCCCAAGGCUGUGGCAGAUAGGAUUAUUGAGUUGCCUACAAAUGACAUGGAUUAUCUCGGAUGCGGGGCCUGGGAGCCCGAACAGGUUGUUAUAUAA